AUGGUUAAUGCAGCUCGCCCCAGAGGUAUUGGUCUUAUUCGACUACCGUUCGGUGUGUCUGAUCAUCGUUCUGGACCAUACUUGCAUAACCUAUACAUAGCAGGGAACAAGCUCUAUCAUAAGACGCAAGCCAUACCUGAUGUUUCUCUGCCUGGACAAGACAAACAUUUUUCUGGACAUGCACAACUUAAUCCUUUUACACAUAUGGUUGGAGUUGGCACGAACCACGAUUAUGGCGAUUCGUGGGGAGUCGGCUAUGCGAUACAAGGAGUCAAUUUCCUCGGAUUGGAUUUGAAACGACAUUAUCGACAAUACGCCCAAAUGCCACAUCUUUAUACAGAUGGUCAGCAUCAACCUUUUCAAAAUUCUUUCAUUGUUGGAGCUGAAGUAGAUGGAUCAAAGUUUGAUAGCCACGCUGUAGCAUUAGAUAUUCCAAUACCAGGCUUGAACGAGAUGUUUGACUUCCAAACGGAAGUAUUACGGAAGCAUGAUGAAGAAGCUGUGGAUAUUCAUCACUCACGUUUAUCAUUUCCAAUACCAAGCACCGAUACUCGUAUGCCUUUCAAGAGUCAUUUCUAUGAAAGGUUCAAUGACAUCGAUUUGAAUUUCGGUCACAUUGUACCUAAUAUAAAUCUACACCAUAUUGAUCCCGAGGAUACAGUUGAUCAACUUGUGCAAAACCGAGCAAACCCUACCCUGGUUGGAUGA